CGAAGGUGGCCUACAAGUGUGCCAAGGGCAAGCUGACCUUCAUCGACGCCGAGCACUCCGGCAAGAAGACCCCCGUGUGCUGCAUAUACGACUACCACAACUUUGGGGGAGGCUCCAACAGCUACCACCACUGA